CAUGGCCUCUUUCAAUCACAUCGAGUCGGCCAAACUUUUGUGGGAUACUCUGAAAGAUGUAUACGGUAACACCUCUAACAUCAGCCGUAUAUAUGAAGUUAAACGUCGGAUCUAUUCUUUGCGACAAGAGGAGAGAUCUUUCAAUGCCCUGCUUGGAGAAUUCACCGCCCUUUGGUCGGAAUUCCGUGAACUCCGACAACCAUCAACAGUUGCAAAAGAAAUGGAGAAUCACGAGCAAGACAAGACAUUUGCCCUCUUAUUUGCUCUGAAUAGUUCAUACAAAGAACUUAUUCAGACCAUCCUCAGAGAGUCUACAUUGCCUUCCUUUAAUGAGGUUUGUUCUCGAGUUAAGAAGGAGGAAGGAGGCAAGACUCUGUUUUCUGGUCCAAGUGAGUUAGCUCAUCAUGCAAGAGGAAAUCUCGGAGACCAUGGUGAAAUUGCUCAGAAAGCUGUGGGAUUCAAACCUGGAGGAGAACGCAGAACACCCUUCUGUGAUUACUGCAAAAGAAAGGGGCACACAAAGGACAAGUGUUGGGCACUUCAUCCACAUCUUAAGCCACAGAGGUUUGCAAACUCUCAAUAUGUCUCGGAUAAAGCUCGUUUUGCAGGUGAAUCUUCCAUCGAGAUCUUGGAGGCGGGUGGCAAGACAAACCAUGAUGCUGCCCUGAACGCUUCCAUCUCUGGUUUUGUCACUAAAUCUGAGAUGGAAACCAUGUUACAGGGCCUCACCUCCAACAUCUCGAAGAUGAUAGCAUCCAAAGACUUCGGAUAUUAAGACCGGAAGGAUCAUAGCUAAAGGGAGAGCAUCGAAUGGACUGUAUGUGUUAGAUACAAAUCCUGAAGCUGAAGACACCGCCCUUAGCUCCAUUUGGCAUGCUAGAUUAGGACACCCCCAUGUUCAAGCAUUGAAAAUUU